AUGUCUACAAUAGUGUUUUUGUAUGUAAAAACUGAUGUCAGCACACCACGUCAAUUGUCAACCAAAUGUUUAAAGAGUGGAUUAAAAGAAGAGGAUGAAGAUGAUAAUGAUGAAGAUAGGAAUCGUGGCAAAUUAACCAAUAAUUAUUGGUUGAGGCGAGUAGAACAAUCCCAACAUGUGAUUAUCGAAACGAUCGUCAUCAAGUGCAUGAAAAAUGGUGUUGGUCUCAACGUAUAA